AUGGUGGAGCUGCUGUCGGAGAAGUCCCAGGUGCCGGAGUGGUUCGUGUCCCACUGGUGGGGCGAGCCCAUCGUUGCCUUCCACCGCUGUGUGGAGCUGCACCGGAAGAUCCGGGAUCUGCCCGACACUGUGGGCUACUGGGUGUGCGCCUACGCGAACCGGCAGCACGCGCUGAAGGGCGAGGUCACAGCAGACCCCAGGGAGACGAGUUUCUUCCGGGCCCUGCAACUCUCCAAGGGAGUCCUGCUCAUCCUCGACGAGGCCACCGCAGACUCUGGCCCGGCCACGCCAUUCACGAGGAUUUGGUGCGCGUUCGAAGAGUUCGUGGCCCUGCGCCGCGGGGAGCGGCGGUUGCUGGACAUCGCCGCCGACUCCUCCGUGAAGACGCAGCUGCUCACCGAGGGGGUGGCGCCGGCCGAUGAGGAGGAGGCGCGCAAGUGCGGCGCAGGCUACCCCGCGGCCAAAGUGCGCAGCGACCGCGAGAAGUCUUUCCCACUGGAGGUGCUCAAGGCAGGGCUCACGCUGCAGCUGGAGAGGGCCCAGGCCAGUGAGGAGUCGGACCGCUGGCACAUCUUGAACUGCAUCGCGGGCCGCGGCUUGGACCUGGAGCCCUUGGCUUCGCACCCCAGCUACGAGCGGGUGAACCGCACGCUGCGUGCCAUCUUCGCGGUGGCAGGCUGGCGACAGGCGGUGGAGCUGGACAUUGCAGAGGCGCUGGGCUUGCCGGAGGUGCUGAGGGCGGACGAGGAGCGCGAGCAGCUGGUGCUGGACUUCACAGGCUCCCAGGGCAUCGGCGACCGCCACGCGGCGCAGCUGGGGGCGGCGCUGGCGCCGGGGCUCCGAGACCUGGAGCUGAGCUGCCGCUGGUGCACCGAGGUCAGCCAUGAGUUCUUGGUGCAGCUGGCGCCGUCGCUGCGCACGUUGACCUCUUUGCUCCGCCUGAAGCUGGGUUUCGGCUUCGCGGCCAAGCGGGUGCAGCCGGUGGGAGUGGAGGCGCUUGCAAACGCGCUGCCAAGGAGCCUCAAGGAGCUGUUUCUGGACUUCAACGAUGGCAACUCCCUGGGGGAUGAGAGCCUACAGGCCAUCGCUCUGCGGAUGCCCCCGGAGCUGGAGAUCCUCACGCUCUGCAUGGCCGGCUGGGUGCACCUGGGUGACCUGGGCCUGGUGGCUCUGGCGCGGAGCCUGCCCAGCACACUGCGGCGCCUCACCCUGGAUUGCUUCAUCCUGAGCCGAAGGCCUGGCAUCCCAGGAGACCAGGGCCUUGCGUCCUUGGCGGCUGGCUGGCCGCAGCUGGAAGUGCUGGACCUCUCCUUCAAGAGCAACUGCAAGAUCGGGGAUGCGGGCCUCGCCGCCCUGGUGCUGCCCCGAAGUUUGAAGAGCCUCCGCCUGGUGCUGGACGGCUGCGAGAACCUCAGCGACCGGGGCCUGGCGGCCUUGGGCGCCAACCUGCCGCCAGGCCUCGAGCGGCUGCGCCUCUUCUGCAACGAGACCGGCUGCGGGGACCCCAGCCUCGCCGGGCUUCUUCUGCCGGCCUCGCUGCGGCACCUGGAGCUGGGCUUCGGCUCGGCGGCGGCGGCGGACCGGGGCCUCAGCAGCCUGCGGCUGCCCGAGGCGCUGAGCCUGCUGAGCCUCUCCCUGCCCGGGUCCUUCCUGGACGGCGCAGGGCUGGCGGCGCUCGCGUUGCGUCUUCCUCAGGCGCUGGGGGCUCUGCACCUCUGCCUCAGCGGCUGCGCCAACCUGCGCAUCGGCCUGGCCUCCCUGGGCCGGCGCCUGCCCCGCAGCCUGCGCCACCUCACCGCCACACUGGACGACUGCGAGUGCUUGAGCGACGGCCAGCUGGCAGGACUGGCACAGAGCCUUCCGGAGCUGGAGACGUUGCGUCUGCACCUCUCAGGCUGCGCCUUGUUGGGAGACCCCGGCGUGUCGGCGGUGGCCCAGCGGAUGCCCAGGACCUUGCAGCACCUGGAGCUUGACGCCCCCGAGAAGUUCUCCGACGCAGGCCUGGCGGCCUUGCGGACCGCCUUGGAGGGCAUGACGCCUACGCUCACGUUGGAUUGCUCGCGCAGCGCAGUGGACGAAGACCUGGCCGCGGAGCUGAUUGGCCCCCACGCCCUGGCGGUGCUGCAGCGCUGGAGUGCGCCUCCAGCCGCGGCGAGCGCCGCUGCUGACGAGGAGCCCUCCACGCUGCCGGCGGCGGCCGAGCCGGCGGCCCCGGCCGAGCCGGCGGCCCCGGCCGAGCCGGCGGCUCCGGCCGAGCCAGAGGUGGAGGCAGGGGAAGCCCGAGCAAAGGAGUGGGCGAGGCUGGCGAAGGUGGGGCUCGCAGAGCCCAAGGCGGGAGUCUGGCUACGCCGCAGGGACUGA